AUGGCGAGGCGAGGGCUGGCGGCUGGCGCCGGCGCCGUCUCCAGGGUUCGAUUCGCGCCGUCCUCUAACAACCUCAUAGUCUCCUCCUGGGACUCGGGAAUGCGGCUGUACGAUGCAGACAAAUCCAUUCUCCGGCUGGAGGCGAAUUCUGAGGCAGCACUUCUGGACUGCUGUUUCAAAGAUGAGUCUGCGGCCUUCGCAGGCGGUUCGGAUGGAUCUGUAAUAAGGUAUGACUUGAAUUCAGGGGCUCAAGAUACAGUGGGUCUGCAUGACGAUGUGGUUGUCAGCACUGAGUUCUCCCAGAUUACUGGUCAACUGGUAACUUCUAGCCUUGACAAGAAGUUACUUUUCUGGGAUACACACACAAGAAGUGUAAACCCUAACCACACUUUCAUGUUAGAUUCAGUGGUGGUAUCACUUUCAGUCUGUGGCAUGUAUAUAUUAGUCACAGUUGAGAGUGAUGUUUACUGGUAUGACAUGAGGAAUUUAACAGGGCCGAUUAAGGCAAAAGAUUCCCCCUUGAAGCAUCAUAUACGGUGUCUUUGUGCUUCUGCAGAGUGGAAUGGUUACGCGGCUGGAUAUAUGGAUGGAACUGUUGCGUUGAAGUAUUUUGACCAUAAAGUAGACAAUGACAUGGGAUAUACAUUUCGAUGUCAUCCAAGAUCAAAAGAUGGAACAUCCAGUUUAGUUCCCGUAAAUAGUAUAGCAGUUCAUCCAUCCAAGCAAACUUUUGUUACUGGAGAUAAUGAAGGAUAUGCCAUUGCCUGGGAUGCUUUUAAAAAAAAGAAGCUGCUUGAGUUUCCUAGCUUUUCGGGCAGUUUGGCGUCGAUGGCGUAUAACCAUAGUGGCCAACUCUUGGCUGUUGCUUCAAACUAUACUCAUCAAGGAGCAGACAGAGUGUUGGAGGUGGAGGGGCACCAGAUAUUUAUCGAAACGAUGCGGGAUUCCAAAAGGAAAAAGUCUCCCUGA